AUGUUGGAGACACAUUUCUUUUUGGACUACACAGAGACUGCUGAUGACAGAGAGACUGCAGAUGGCAGAGAGACUGCUGAUGGCAGAGAGACUGCAGAUGGCAGAGAGACUGCAGAUGGCAGAGAGACUGCUGAUGGCAGAGAGACUGCAGAUGGCAGAGAGACUGCAGAUGGCAGAGAGACUGCUGAUGACAGAGAGACUGCAGAUGGCAGAGAGACUGCAGAUGGCAGAGAGACUGCUGAUGACAGAGAGACUGCAGAUGGCAGAGAGACUGCAGAUGGCAGAGAGACUGCUGAUGACAGAGAGACUGCUGAUGGCAGAGAGACUGCAGAUGGCAGAGAGACUGCUGAUGACAGAGAGACUGCUGAUGACAGAGAGACUGCAGAUGGCAGAGAGACUGCUGAUGGCAGAGAGACUGCAGAUGGCAGAGAGACUGCUGAUGGCAGAGAGACUGCUGAUGACAGAGAGACUGCAGAUGGCAGAGAGACUGCUGAUGGCAGAGAGACUGCAGAUGGCAGAGAGACUGCAGAUGGCAGAGAGACUGCUGAUGGCAGAGAGACUGCAGAUGGCAGAGAGACUGCAGAUGGCAGAGAGACUGCUGAUGACAGAGAGACUGCAGAUGGCAGAGAGACUGCAGAUGGCAGAGAGACUGCUGAUGACAGAGAGACUGCAGAUGGCAGAGAGACUGCAGAUGGCAGAGAGACUGCUGAUGACAGAGAGACUGCUGAUGGCAGAGAGACUGCAGAUGGCAGAGAGACUGCUGAUGACAGAGAGACUGCUGAUGACAGAGAGACUGCAGAUGGCAGAGAGACUGCUGAUGGCAGAGAGACUGCAGAUGGCAGAGAGACUGCUGAUGGCAGAGAGACUGCAGAUGGCAGAGAGACUGCAGAUGGCAGAGAGACUGCAGAUGGCAGAGAGAAUGCAGAUGGCAGAGAGAAUGCAGAGGAGUGCAAAAGGAUGGCAGAGAAAGAGAGAGAGAGAGAGAGGGAGAGAGAGAGAAGAUAA